CAGCAGGCGGCAAAAUGAGCAGAGGCCGAGACGCACGUCUGAUCCGGGAGACGUGGAGCCAAGUCUCCAGCAUGAGUCCUCAGCUCCUGUCCGUCUUGGUCCUGCUGUCUUCCGUCUUCUCUGCAUGCUGCACCCCACUGUGCCACGACCAGUGCUGCCGCUUCGUGGAGGAGUUCCCCGUCAGGGUGCAGAGGCUCAGGGAGGACUACAGGAGGAUCAGAGGUUUCUAUGAAUCAAACGACGACUUGGACAAGGCGCUGUUGGACCAGAGCGUCGAGGAUGCCUUCAAGAGCCAGUUUGCCUGUGAAGCCAUGAACAGCAUCCUAGAGUUUUACCUGAGCACCGUCCUGCCGACUGCGGUGGCCAGAGUGACCAUAGACACCACUCUGAAAACUCAUGUGGAGUCCAUACAGCAGAUUUUUGAUGAGCUGAAGAGGGACGUCCACAGAUGUAGAAAAGUCUUCAAAUGCAAGAAGCCAUUUGACAUCAGAAGCCUAAAUUCAACGUAUACUGAGAUGGAGAGUAAAGGUGUGUUCAAGGCCAUGGGGGAGCUGGAUCUGCUGUUCAACUACAUCGAGACAUACCUGGCGUCUCAACGGAGGAGAAACUCCCAAUGAAGACCAGCUGACUUUAACGAAGAUUAUCAUUACUGUGCGUGUUUUGGGAAACAAAAUGGACAAUCUUUGAGUUUGAGACUAACAUGCAUCGUGUCCAGAACUAUGAAUGUAACUAUAAAUCUGCUGAAGUGUUGUCUGUUCUUCAGAGACAACAGUUGUUUGUCCCAAGGACAAGUUUGUGUUCAAGAACAAUGUUCUGUCAUACUCAAAGAUAGAAUAACUAUAUUGUCAUUAGAGUAUGUAUU